CACACACACUGCAGACAGCUCUGCCGGCAAAAGCAGCAUUCCACUGCUGUGAGAUCCCUGCAUCCUACUGGAGGCACACAGAAAAACCAAACAGGACCAAAACGCUCAGACUUUAUUCAAAUAUUUAGAUUUUUUUCCUUCUCCGUUAAUGUCUAGUUUAGGAAAGACAAGAGGAAGUAGAAACCAGCUGAUUCUCAUGUCUGCUGCUUCUCCCUCUCCCUCCCUCCAUCCUAGCUCUCUCUCACACUCACAUCACUCCCACACCCACACCCAAGGAUACCCUCUCCGCUGCUGCUUCGCUCACAUCCCUCUCUUUUAAUCUUUCCUCCCCAACCACAUCUAAAUACAUUUGUUUUUUUUUAUUGUAAAGAAGAUGUUUGCCUGAGUCCUUUUUUCCCCAAAACACUUCUGUGGAUGCUCUUCUUUCCCCGUUCCUUCUAUCCUACUUUUGGUGCUACCUGUGGAAGUCCGUCGGUGUUCCGGUUCUGUUUCAGCCCCUGCAGAGAGAAAGCAUGCUGGGAUUGGACGUGUGCGAGUUUGGGGGUCAGGUGCUGGAGCUGCUGUGGAUAUCCAUGUGCUACAGAGGUCUGCUGGCCAACAAGAACCAUUUACCCAUCGAGGAGGAAGACAACGAAAGGAAGCUCAACUACAAUCCUCCGGCUCAGAAAUCCCUGCAGGAGAUCCAGGAAAUGGACAAAGAUGAUGAGAGUCUGGUGAAGUACAAGCAGACUCUGCUGGGGCCUGAGGCAAAGAAUACAGACCUCUCUGGACCGAAUGUCAGGGUGACCAGACUGGCCCUGUUGUGUGACGACGCUCCUGAGCCAAUCACCAUGGACCUAACAGGAGAUCUGAGCGCCCUGGAAGAGAAAAGCUUCACCCUACAAGAAGGAGUGAAAUACAGGCUGAAGGUGUACUUCAAGGUGAACAGAGAAAUAGUUUCUGGCCUGAGGUAUCGUCACGUGGCCUACAGAAAAGGAGUAAGACAGAGCAGCAUGGUGUGCAUGAUGGGAAGCUACGGCCCUCGAGCUGAGGAGCAGGAGUUCCUUUGCCCGGCUGAUGAGACACCUAAGGGCCUGAUGUCACGCGGCCAAUAUCAGAUCAAAUCCUGCUUUGUCGAUGAUGACAAGAACGCCUACCUAUCCUGGGGGUGGAACAUCAACAUCAGCAAGGAGUGGAAUUAAAAACAUGUCCGUCCUCUAAGAACAGCCCCGUUCACACUGACAGGAAGCCCUUUUUCUUCUUAUACCUUUUUUCUGUCCAGUUUGUCCCAGGAUUAUCUCGGUGUGUGUGUGUGUGUGUGUGUGUGUGUGUGUGUGUGUGUGUGUGUGUGUGUGUGUGUGUGUGUGUGUGUGUGUGUGUGCAUGUGUGUGUGCGUGCGUGUGUGUGUGUGUUAUCAAAUUUACAGCUGUAGUGAUGUAAUGCUUCUGCUUCAUGGUAACGAUAAACUGUGACAGAGACGAGAGAAUAAAACACAAAUCAGUGUGUUCGUUCAACCAACAUUUUAUUUAUUUGGAACAAGGUAUUUUUAAGACAACAACUAUAAAAAAAUAAUAAUGUUACCACUGAAAAACAUUUUUGGCAGGUUUUUCAUUUUAAUUUAUUUUUAUAGUUAAGUUGCGUUAAACAUCCAAUAGAGACAGAACGAAAUGUGACCAAAAAAGGACUCAAACCACCAGUUAAAAACACAUGUAGAGGGUUGACUGAAAAACAUUUUUUCUGAUUAUAAUCAAUCAAUUUGCAUUUUUCAUGCAGGCUGAAAGUGUAACACACGUUCUCCUACACCUAUCUCAUGAAUUAGCUUCUCAUAGAAAACAGGUGGUGAAACUCUAUGAUUAGACAAUCCUCACAAAUCCACAUCACACUGUGAAUUAGCAUUCAUGGACUCACCGAUCUUGACUCACAACGAGGAAGGCUGUUGUUGUUUUAACAUCCAGCAAACAGCAGAGUCAGCUAGUUUUUUGGCUAGUUUAAGCUAACCGGACAUUAGCAUUAGCAAUAUCACCUCAUGGCAGAAGCUCCUCCAGGUUUGCGUUAUUUGAUGUGAUAAAACAUUCACAUUGCAAGUCAGGGGUAGAGUCGCAUUGCUGUUGCUGACCCAUCCAAGAUGGUGGCCGGCCACUACAACAGCUCCAGUAGGCAGCGCCAGUCCACGAGGUGUCAGCAUAUAUGAUGUCUGUGACUUUUAGGUCAGAGUAAUGGUCCACGGUAUAUUUUCCCCCGAGAACAACUUACAAGGCAUUCAUUCUGACUAGAGACCACUGCAAAUGUGUUGAUUAAGCGAGUAAUCCACUCCUGAACUGUAGUUACUAUCUUCCACCCUGUAACUUCCUGAACAACCUCAGUUUGGAGAAACUGAGUUGACUGAAGACCAUCUACCACUAAGUCUUAAAGCAGCUCCUACGUUCCAUAGCAAUCCCUGAAAUAUUAUUUCUGAUCACUCUGAUCACAUGAACUCCUCUGUUAGCAGCGAAGCGCAGCAGGUAUGAUGCAUCCAGGGCUCAAGUCCAGCUGGAAGUGAACCUUCCUGCUAAAAACAACUUUGUAAAAUUAAACUGAAAGCAGUAAUUAUUUCAUAAAUGAUGUUGGCAUGCAACGAUGAACGGUUUAACAGAUUGCCGCUGAUUUAAGAUGGAGGCAACAUUUGGACUAGCCAUUAGCUUAUCAGUCUGGUUGGAUCAAGCAGCAGCAGCUCAGAAGGGAGAGCGGAUUAUCAGGUAUUUGGAGGGUUGUAGGUUCAAUCCUGGCUCCUGGAAGAGAAUUCUGACAUUGUGUCCUUGGGCAAGGCACUUAACCCAAUUGCCUGCUGGUGGUGGUCGGAGGAUCAGUAGCUCCACCUCUGUCAGUGCGCCCCAGGGAAGCUGCGGCUACACCGUAGCUCAUCAGCACCAGGGUGUGAAUGUGCGUGUGAAUGGAUGAAUGAUACACUGUAGUAUAACACGCUUUGGAGUCCUCUGACUCUGAAAGGCACUAUACAAGUGGGUCUAUUUCUCUGAAAUGAGGUUGUUCAAGAACAGGAGGAAAACUUGGUUCUUUACAUUUGCAAACGCCGUUCUUGAUCUCAAACUACUGCAGAAAGGAAAUAUUUUACUUCCUGACAUAAAUAGCCUCAUCUGAAACUCCAGGUACAUAAAGUUACUCGUACAAGGACAAGAGGACACAUUCUGACUAUCUCACCAACGCAUCAAGCUUUCAUGGAAGCAGAAUGUAAAGAUGAAUGUUCUAAACAUCAAGGAGUUUAAACACAUUCCUUUGUAUCUUUUCCUGUUUUUCAAACCAUCCUUUUUAAACUUCUGUGUGGCGCUUUUCAACAGAGCUCAGCUGUAGCUGAACUGUGUACAUUGUAGAAAGAGAUGCAUGCACGUCCUGUAGGAUUUGAUUCGUUUUUGUCAUCAUGCUAAAAACACGAGAUGUAAAUGAAGUCCUGGUUUUAAUCUGGGAGGUACACGGCGGGAUGAAUGGAAACCCCCCUAAAAGACGAGGGUUCUUACCGUGUGUGUUGUUGGACAUGUUUGAACUCUGUCAUUGUGAGCUGUUGUGGUUUAAGAUGAACUAUAGAUGUUGGUUUGUUGAGUUUUGCAUGGCUAAGCAAGGAUUUCCCUCCGUUUUUUACUGCUUUAUCCUACAACGUAACGUGAUAUGAAAUAAAAUAAAGAUAAGUGUACAGGCACACACUCAGAUGUCAGCAGUGUCCAGCUGAAACCGUUUACAAGGAUCUUUUAAAAGCUGGAAAACGCUGCCUGGGUAUCUGGAAUCCUCUUGUAAAAAUUAAUUGCUGCAUUCACAUAUCGGUGUCCACUCUAGUAUCAUGUAUUGUUUAAUAAAGGCAAAUAAAACUUCA